GGCAGUAAUUCUUUUAACCGAGCAACUAUUCUUAUCCAUUCCCCUUUCAAAAAUGGUCAUAUGGUGUCUUUCUCCCAAAAAUAAAACCACCAACUAUGAGAACCACUAUGGGCCAUUUACAUAGUUUACCUAAUGGAGUAAACUAAAUGGGCCGAUAUACAAUUGGUCCAAACAGGACCAUCAGCAACAUGGGCUACAAACCCUAGCAACCAACUCUAAUGAAUCUCGAAUUAUUACUGACGAAAAAGUUAGAAACAAUCUAACCAACUUCUCCCUAUAUACAUCUCGGAAGCAUAUGCUUUUUUUUUUGGGUGUGCUCAGAUAGAGGUUGAGUUUGGAUCCAGAAUAUGGCUGAUGAAGAAGUGAUGGUGGAAGCAACCAGUCCAGUUCCAUCAGACCGUCACAAUCACAACAAGAGAAAGCUGGAGGAUUUGGAGCCUGAACCACACACUGAAGUCGGUUCGGACCCGAAACCCGAAACGGUACAAAAAGCUGACGGAUCAAUUGAGGAAGAGGCUGGUGAUGUUGAUGUAUCUGAAGCUAAACGACCCCGUUUGGGUUUCGAGGAUAAUAAGGCUAAUAAUGGAUUGGCAUCCCAAAAUGGUGGUUAUGUGGAGAACGUAGAGGAAGAGUCGAAAGUAGAUGAUAGUGAGCAGCCUAAUACUCAUCCAGAGGUUUCUCGACAAGUAGUCAAGGAAGAUCCCGAAUCAUGUAAUGAACAACCUGCUGAUGAUAAUCAACAAAUAGGGGAUGUUGAACCCAAGGAAGAGAAAAGUACUCAGGUCAAUGACCCAUCUAAAGGUGACAUUCAGGAGCUUGAGGUAGAGAACAGUGUUCAGGUCAAUGAACCAUCUAAAGGUAACAUUUCAGCUGAAUUGCCAGGUGACAUUCAGGAGGGACCCCCAGCUGAACCUCCUGAAAUGGAAGGUGUUCAGUUUGAUCAAGAGCAUCCAGCCGCUGAUGAUCAAACAAUUACACGCAAAAUGGAGGUCCCCAAUAAUAAGGUUGGCGUUCUUAUUGGAAAAUCCGGUGAUACUAUUCGAUACCUGCAAUACAACUCAGGUGCUAAAAUUCAGAUAAUGCGCGAUGCUGAUACAGAUCCACAUGCGGCCAGCAGGCCAGUUGAACUGAUUGGAACAUUGGAAAAUAUAAAUAAAGCUGAGAAAUUAAUAAAGGAUGUCAUAGCUGAGGCUGAUGCUGGUGGUUCUCCUGCACUUGUGGCUAGAGGCUUCGGCACUGUCCAGGCUGUGGUUGGAGAACAGAUUGAGAUACAAGUUCCAAAUGAGAAGGUUGGUCUAAUAAUUGGAAAAGGGGGAGAAACUAUCAAGAGCCUUCAGACAAGAUCAGGGGCACGAAUUCAGCUGGUGCCACUUCCUUCUGAUGGAAAAGAAUCCAAAGAAAGAACAGUACGAGUGACUGGUGAUAAAAAGCAAACUGAGAUGGCAAGAGAGAUGCUCAAAGAAGUCAUGACUCAGCCUGUAAGGCCAUCAACUCUCUCUUCGGGUUAUGGUCAGCAGCCAUUUCGCCCACGUGGCAGAGGUGCUCCGCCACCAUGGGGACCCCGGGGUGGUUAUCCUGGGCAUUUUCCAGGUUAUGAUCACCAUCAAAGAGGACAAUACUCAUCUCGCAGCCCACAAUAUCCACCUCCUGCGUAUGGAAAUUAUCCUCCCCAGCCAGCACCCAGAGGUGGAUUUGGUACGGGUUGGGAGCAAAGGCCUACGGCCUCUAUGCAGGGCCCUCCAUCACAGGCAAACUACAACUUUGGGCAGCCACAUGGUCUGGAUUAUGGCCCAUCAUACCCUCAUCAGGCACAGCAUGGACAAGGCUAUGGGCAUGGAUAUACUGAUGUAAAAUAUGACCACCAGAUGGCACCACAAAAUCAGUAUGGAGCACAUGGACCUUCUCAGCCAAUAUCUUACCCUCAAAGUGGUGCACAUCCUAGCUAUGGAACCCAAGAGCAGCACGGUAAACCUCCUUCCUAUGGUAUGCAUCCACAGGCUUUGCAUUCGCAACCUUAUAACCACUCCAGGGCUAAUCAACCUGGAGAAGUGCCAUAUCAGGGUCCAGUUCCAUCUACUCAAGGGUAUGGUGCUAGUAUGCCACAUCAGCAGCAAUACCCCUAUGCAUCCAGUGGGCAAGUGCAACAAACUUACCCUGCAUAUGGGUCUGCCACAGCUGCCGACGGAUAUAAUCAUCCACAAGGUGCUCCAGCUUCUGGUCCUGGGUAUCCUCAACAAAGUGCCCAGCCUGUUCCUGGAUAUGGUCAGCCUGCGCCACAACAAUCUCUUGCUUAUGCUCAAGCAGCCCCUGUUGGAGGUUACAGUUCCUACCCUGCACAGCCCACUUACACUGAACAGCAGGCCACAAACACUGCAGGCUAUGGUUAUCAGGUACCAGUUGACCAAACAUACAGUGGUGCUCAGGCUUCAACGACUUAUAGUGCACCAUUUACUGGACAGCAAGCUUAUGCUCAACCAGCUCCAGCUUCAGCCCCAGCUCAGCCUGGUUAUGAUCAAUCCAUGACUCAACCUGGUGGUGGUUAUGCACCGGUACCUGCUGCUGCAGGUUAUGUUAAGAGUGUCUCACCUCAGCCUGGUUAUGCUCAGUAUGAUGCUACUAAUCAGAUGUAUGGUGCUCCCAGGUGAAACUUUCUUGUUAUAUGAUGAAAUUGUUUAAAGUGUUCCAAUGUUCAGAUUCGCUCUAGGUUUUGUUUGUACUAGUUUGAAUUUCAGAUCAGUCUCUCAUUGCACAUGGAAUAUUUGAUUAGCAACAAUGUCUACUGUGUUUCUUCUUUUUGUCCGUGGCAUUAUAUAUACGGUUUAAUCAUAAAUGCUAAGGAUGUAUGGAAUUAGGUA